CCUUUGUUCUUUUCGCCUCCCACCGCUGAUCCCCAGUUACUGUCCGCCUCUUAUAGUAGUAAGGUGGUAGUAGCUCUACUGCCGUACCUUCUUUUUGAGACCCAGCAUGUCCAGUGGUCCUGGUGUUUGCCUGAUUGUCUGUGACCCUGACCUGGCUUGAAUGGGACCCAGGGAUCAGAUAAAAGGCCUGUGCCAUCCAAAUUUCCCCGUUCCAGCCAUCUAUAUCCCAGCUGUGUUCCCUCCUUUCUCCGCGUUGUUUCAUCACUCGAGGGGGAUGCUUUCGCCUUUCGCUCGUUGUUCGCUCGGAGGACGUCACUCAUUUCAUCUCCAGACUUGAUAUCUGCCGGGUGGGCUAAAUUCUGACAGUUAAUAAAAAGAAUUGCCACUGCUCUUUUAUAAUCCUUGUGUCUGUCGUGUUGUUUGUGACUUGUGAGGCGCUUCGACAUCGGAACACGUGUACCUCGAAGCGAGGAAAAUGUUUGACAAAAGGACGAAGCAGAAGCCCGGAGCAGAGCUGAUCGGGGAGUUUCGACAGAAGUUUUCCCAUGUUAUCGCAGACCCCUUUCUCACACAACAGGCAUCAGUCGAGCACAACGAUGCGAAGGUCGCAAAUCACCCCAUACUUCCAUCACAACCAUUCCAGCCCCAGUUCAACCAUCACCAGGCGAAUCCGAGUGUAGUCGACUUUGUCACUCCUUCGGCUCUGCAAGCCGGCCUUCUUACUCCCACUGUUAAUCAGAUGUGCGCCGUAGUCCAUAGCCCUGCAGGGGACCUUCACACCCCAACUGUAGAAUGGAAUCUGGCCAGCACGCCUUGGAUAUGGGAUCAGAUGGUCAGCGUACAGUCAGACCUUCAGGAUCAACAACAACAACAACAACCACCACCACCACCACCACAACAACUACACGGACACGCGCCGACGGCGACCCGAGGCGUGGCAGUUUUACAGACGCAAUACCAGCAUCAUUUGUUUCAGAACAUGGACCCGUUUGCAUCAAACCACAUACUGCCGAGCAACGUCUCGUUCGGGGCAAACUCAGACUACGAUCCAUUGGAUACGGCAAGCCAUCGAGAUUCAUUUACAGAAAUGUUGGGACAUGUCGCGCAGCCUCUCCUCCCGGUGGCGUCGGACGCGGUCGACCGCGCCGACUUCCCGUCGAAGCCAGAGAUUCCAUUCCGCUAUCGUGUCACCCUCCACGCUCCCACCGCUAUCGCGGAUCAUGCGCAUGAACCACCAGUCACCUAUCUCAACAAGUCCCAGUCAUACUCGGUAUCCAUUGUCGACUCUACACCUCCGGCGCACGGCACACAACCCGUCAAAUAUCGCACGAGUGUGAGAAUCACCUUUGAGGAACCGGCACACCGAUCGAACCCAGCCCGGUGCUGGCGACUCUGGAAGGAAGCGCGAGGGGCGGUCGAGGCGCAGCAACGAGGGGGGAAGAUGCGAGCGUUGGAGUUUGUGGACCUGCGCAUGGGAUCGAAGAAGAAUGCGCCGCGUAUCAAAAAGGUGGACAGCGCGUCGUUUGACGGGUUCUGUGUAACCUGGACGAGCACUCCGGAAGCCGGUCCUUCCGAGUGCGUGGUCAACGUCCGCUUGAACUUUUUGUCGACGGAUUUCAGUCUAUCCAAGGGUGUCAAAGGCGUUCCGACGCGAUUAUGCGUCAAAACGGAGAUGAUCGGCCUCGAGGAUGGCACUCCUGCGCCGGGAGCUGGCGAAGCCGAGAUUUGCUACUGCAAGGUCAAGGUGUUUCGCGACCACGGAGCGGAAAGAAAGCUAUCCAACGAUGUGGCGCAUGUGCAGAAAGCGAUUCACAAGGUCGAGCGGCAAAUCGCGCAGGGAGAUAUCGACGGCACUAAUGGUCUGGGAAAGCGGAAACGGCGAAAAGGCGUGGGCCACGGGCUGACCAAGAACCAUACCGUAUCGAUGAGCCUCUCUCCCAGCCGUUCCAACAGUCUCACGGACAUAGACGACCUGCACCGGGCCUUGUUCGAGCUGCGCAACCUCUUCUCAUCCUCCCAGCCAGUUAGCCUGCUCUCACUGCAGGGCGACGUGCUGGAUGAUCCGGAUCAAUCACCAGUUUCGCUACCUCGGGACUCGUCCACACCUGUGUCUCUUGGACGUGACAGCGCGUCCGAGACUGAUGCAGGGGUCAACUUCCACGGCGACCUGGUCCAGCUUCCACGUCGUCCUUUCGGCCGAGAAGCAAGCACUGUUGAGCCGAAGAUGGAAUCCCCUGAUCCGGCCCUCAGCGAUAUAAAUGGUCGAUCUUCGCCCGAGUCGGAUACCGGCGAUCGGUCAUCCAGCCCUCGGCAUGUGGCAUGUUUCUACGUUCGAUUCCAGGACAAACAGCAGCAGGAACCCUACUACCGUGCCGUAUACCUCACUGAGCGAACCGCGUCCGACUUCAUAGACCAACUGUCCAAAAAAUACAACGUCCAACCCGACCGUAUCCUCAGUCUCCUGCACAUCAACCCGAACAGUCUACGCGUCGCAGUCGACGAUGACGUCGUGGGAGCAAUCCCCGAAGGACAGGACAUGAUUGCCGAAUUUACUGAGGUUCCUGCUCCGUUGAGCAGCAAUGGAGAGGGCGAGGGAGAGGAGCAUAACGCCGGGUACGAGGUUCAGCUACUUUUUUGACGCGUUCUGUUCUGCAUACUCGACGGAUUUUGAGCAUUAGGUUCUGGUUUUUGUGCACACUCAGGGACUGUUUAUUAUAUGACUUGCCGCGGACCGGAUUUGCAUGACUGGUGAUGAUGUAUGUUUAGACCUGCAUGAACAUCUAGACUACGCCUACUGGAUGGGUUAUGAAGCGACGACACGAAAAG